AUGGUGUUCAUUGCCUUUGCCUCUUUAUUCUUCAUCCUAGUUUCAAUCACAACCUUUUGCCUGGAAACACAUGAGGCUUUCAAUACUAUUAUAAACAAAACUGAACAGGUCAUCAACGGGACAGAAGCUGUGCUACAGUAUGAGAUUGAGACAGAUCCUGCCCUGACAUACGUGGAAGGAGUCUGCGUGGUGUGGUUUACAUUUGAAUUUUUAGUACGUGUUGUUUUUUCCCCCAACAAACUUGAGUUCAUCAAAAACCUCUUGAAUAUCAUUGACUUUGUGGCCAUCCUGCCCUUUUAUCUAGAAGUGGGCCUGAGCGGGCUCUCCUCCAAAGCUGCUAAGGACGUGCUUGGUUUCCUCAGGGUGGUAAGGUUUGUGAGGAUCCUGCGAAUCUUCAAGCUCACUCGCCACUUUGUGGGACUCAGGGUGCUGGGCCACACUCUGCGAGCCAGCACCAAUGAAUUUUUGCUGCUGAUAAUAUUCCUGGCACUCGGUGUUUUGAUAUUUGCCACCAUGAUCUACUACGCAGAGCGGGUGGGAGCCCAGCCUAAUGACCCAUCAGCAAGUGAGCAUACACAGUUCAAAAAUAUCCCUAUUGGCUUCUGGUGGGCUGUAGUCACCAUGACCACCCUGGGAUAUGGAGAUAUGUAUCCACGGACUUGGUCAGGCAUGCUGGUGGGAGCCCUGUGCGCGCUGGCAGGGGUGCUCACCAUAGCCAUGCCCGUGCCUGUGAUUGUUAACAAUUUCGGGAUGUACUACUCCCUGGCCAUGGCAAAGCAGAAACUGCCGAGGAAGCGGAAGAAGCACAUCCCUCCUGCUCCUCAAGCCAGCUCACCUACCUUCUGCAAGACAGACUUGAACAUGGCCUGCAAUAGCACACAGGGGGACAUCUGCCUGGGCAAGGACAACCAGCUGAUGGAGCACAACAGAUCAUCAGUGUUAUCAGGUGAAGACAGUGCAGGAAGUGAGCAGCCACUCUCACCUGGUGAAAGGCUCCCUCCCAUCAGACGCUCUAGUACCAGAGACAAAAACAGAAGAGGGGGAACAUGUUUCCUACUGACAACAGGUGAUUACACGUGUGCUACUGAUGGAGGGAUCAGGAAAGUGUUGUACAGAAUUUAUCAUGGAUUUUUGACUGCUGAAAAAGGGACAAUGGAAUUUAGCCAUACCAAGGACUGUACUGGAAAGAGACUGCUGCUGCUGAAUGGGCCCUGAUAAACAACUCGCGCCUUGUGGAGGUCACUGAGACUCUACAUGGGAAGUAGAGCUUGUUAAAGAAGAUUAAAGACUGCUCGUAAUUACUGCUGCCAGAGGAAGGGGUGACUAGUCACUGUUGAUGAGUCAGCUGUAAAUAUAAUGUGUGUGCAUGGAAUAUCAGUUUUUAUCUAUAUCAAGGAAAGCUGAAUUCAAGUCAUCAUUGCUAAGGCUCCAUGCAAAGACCCACACCCCUGUGUGUAUUCUUCCUGGUUCCUGCAGUAAGUUGUGCUGUGGAUCAUACAAAGACACACACUUAAUAAUGAUAGUGAUGUAAACUACAUCUGUCUUGACUUCUGUCAUAAUAAUAGUAUAUUUUGCAAAGGUCACAAAUAUGAACAGAGUAGAUUUGCUUUCUCUGUUUGCAAUGACCUAUAUUUGUAUGAAUUCUAGUGUACAUGCCAAGUCUUAAGUUUACUUUUCACUUUGAUAACAGAAAUGUGACUGCAGACAAACAUCACUGACUUUGUUCACAGCACAGUCUUCUUUCAUUGUUACCUCAAAAUAUAAGUAUUAUGAG